UCGAGUUUAUUUGUGGUCAAAAGAACGAUCAUAUAUUUGAUUUUGAACGAAUCAAAAUGGAUGCUGGGUGUGAAUGAACUAUGUACUGAAAAACGAACAGCUUUUUAUCGAGUUGUGUCGUGGGCCCGAUUUUAAUUGGGAAUCCGGCGUCGCGAUUUUGUUUAGCCAAUAUUUAAACAGUGAGAAACGUAAAGUGUUUUACAAAACAGGAUCGACAGCAAUAUCGUUCAAUUCAGAAGUCACCGUGUCGGUAAUGUGUUUAUACGAAAGAUUUGGUGGAGCCCACAAUCCGCAGGUGGCAUUAGGAUGAGGACUUUGACGGAUAUAUUUUAUGUCGAUCCGAAUUCGCGAGUGUUUGGUGCGUCGGUGUUCCCUAGUCUCGGUGCGACAUGGCGAGGCUGUUCGGACUGAAGUGUCGCUCGCGUGAUGUAUGAGCGGUCAGACAUGAAAUGCAUAUACAGGAAGGAACAAACACAACUCUGACAACAUGUACCAAAAUGACAGAGGAAGUAGACAGAAGACAUGGCGUGAAUGGUAACAGCAGUAGUAAGGGUGCUAGUGAAGAUGCUCCUGUGAACAGUUCUGCUCUCACUGCUACUGGUGGGAGGCUAAAGUUUUUCAAAGAUGGAAAGUUUAUCUUGGAGUUGGUGCGCGGGUGCGCGCGAGAGGGCGAGCGCGCGGGCUGGGUGUCGGUGCCGCGCAAGACGUUCUGGCCGCCCGCCGCCGCGCCGCCCACGCCGCCCGCCGCCGCGCACCCGCCCUCCGCCUCGCUGUCCGUCUCCGACGACAACAGCUCCGUGCAGUCCUCACCCUGGCAGCGCGACCACUGCUGGAAGCAAACUGCGCCACGCAGAAACAUUUCCAAAGAGUUAGCCAUGUACUAUUGCCGACCUAGCACGCUACAUACCGCCGCUAUUGAGGUCGCUAGCCGGCUGAAGCGUAGGAGACCGUAUGACACCACUCACCUCGAUGGAAUGGUAAAUGGUACUAAUUCCAGGAAAACUCUGACCAAUGGAGUCUGCGACAAAAAGAAUGGUGACGUCGGCUCGCCAGAGAGCAGGGGUUGUCGGAGCGAGGAUGUCGUUGAUGGCGCUACGCCCAAAUCGAAAACUAACUCUGACGACGAUCGGUGGACAGAAUACGAUCGAGAGAAAUACUAUCAUAUGAAACUAAAGAAACCGUAUCAGUAUCGUAAGUUAAGGGUGUAUAAAAAGACGAGACCGGCUUUGCGACGUAAAGAGUUGACGAAAACGAUAAAUAAGCUUCGAGAGAGGAUCUCCUCCUUGCCUGCGCCCGUCAACGCGAAGCUAGCGAACUGCAGGCAGGAGCACAUGAUGGUCUCGCCAAGAAAGCGCAUCCUCCGAGAGCUGGAGCGAGUAAGUCUUGAAGAUCAGGGGAUGAAGCGGCGAGCAAAAACCGUGCCCGCGCUCAGUACAGCCUCGUACCCGCCAUCGCCGGGUCCCAGUCACACUGCGCACAAGCCAGCCGUAGAGACGCCAGUGCGAUCUCACAAUGGUACGGCCCCACGGAAGGAGGCACCAAGUCAUGUCUCCAAGAACGUCAGCAGUUACAGCAUACACUCUCUUUUGAGUAUGCCAGAUGACAGCCCGACAAGGAGGUCUCCUGAAGCUAAACGGUCGCCGCAUUCGCAUCCGCCGUCACUGAAAACCGAGUCACCGUCCAGCGUGAACUCGCCAGACUUGAGCCCUUCGCCGGACAACUACCGCUACAGGUACUCCGCGCUGAUGGGCUCGCCGGGGCAGGGCGGGCUGGCGCGCGACUCGCCCACGCCGCCGCUGGAGAUGGCGCGGUACCGAGCCGCCUACCCGCCGCCCACAUCGCCGUACGGCGUGCGGCAGUGGGGCGGCGUGGGGCAGUACCGCGGCUCGCCGGCGCGCGAGGAGUGGGGCCGCGACGUGGCCUACAUGUACCCCUACUCGUACAUGAGCCCGCACCUGUACCGCACGCCGCCGCCGCCGCUGUGGAUGCAGUACCCCAUGUCGCCCGGCGUGCCGCCCGGGCCCUGGGCGCCGCUCGCCAUGCCGCUCACUAACGACCACAUACCUAAGGAUGAACCCACUUCAGAUUUGCCGCUCAAUUUGUCGAAACACUGAGGUACAACGGCGCUGGCGCAAGUCUGACACGUGAGACUGAACACACAAACAAACAUUGUUUUAAUAAAAUCGGUCAAUUUCACUCCGCCGUGCGUGACAUUACACCGGGUCCCGCCUUGUCAUGUGCUACGUAAACCUAUCACGUGCGUUAGAUAUAUGUAUCAAGUUAACGAACACUAUAAAUCUACGUAGCAUAUAAGCGAAACAGCAAUAUUCAUUAUUUAAAAGAAGUAUGUAAUUAUACUAGUGGAAGACAAGUCAACGGUAAGCUUGUUGUGGUGUCAUGUCGUCAAUAAAAUUGUCUUAUGAACAUUCCACUGUCACACUCAACGAUUGGCGUAUAAAAGUCCAAAAACUAGAUCCCACCUAAUCCAGCGUUUGUGAUCGCGCUGAUGCGAUUAUGUAUUUUAUAUAUUGUAACUGUAGCAAAUAUCGUUUGCAAGCUCGCAAAAAUAUUUUUGUAUAGAUUGUCGUUUUCCGACUGAACGCUCUGUUCGGGGAUCUAUUUACAAACUAAUGUAUAUUACACUGAAAUAUUAUAUUUUAGUAUAGAUGUAUGUAUGCAGAGUCAUGUGUGUAUUUUCAUACGAAAUAUUUGUACCUACUGCGAGUUGAAUAUUUUAAUAUUGGCUACUAUUUUAGGGUAAGAUUCUAAGAUGAUCUAAAUAAACAAAAUACAGUUAUCAAUUGUUAUAUUAUAAAUUCAGUGCCUUGGAAGAAAUGAAGAUAUUAAGAUCAUAUAUAAUUAUAAACGAAAGUAUUACGGAAAAUCCUGGCUUCGUCCAAAUUUACUACAUUACAUAACACAUAGGUACUGCUUAUAUUCAUAAAAAGUAAAAUUUUAUACAACAUAAUAUUUCUUAAUAUUGCUACUGUUCCUUAUUCAUUUGCAAAAUUCCAUAUGUUUAUGUUCGAUCUCAUUAUUUAAUUUAGAAAAUAAAAUGAGGUAAAGACUACAGUUUUGGGAACAAAUUUGGAUGUGUGUUUAUGUAACAUGUAUAAAAAUAAGAGACAUUGUAUAUAAUUUGUGAAUGGUGUAUUAUUGAUGGAAGUUUGGGGCGUAGAUAUAUCAGAGCAUUAAUCGUUUACGACUUAUCAGUAAGGAGUUUAUUACCUUCAAAUAAUUAUUGUAAUUGUACAGUAUUUUUAUAACGAGUAUUUUAUGUUGUUUACGCUGAAGACGGAGUGUUGUAGCAGAAGCGUCGCGGAGGAGCGCGGUCGCGCGGCCGCCGCUCGCGUCCCACAGGCUUUGAGAUUAAAACGUAGAGCUAGGUUUUACUGCAAUUUUAGUUGAAGUAUGGGUUUAUGUAUUAUAAGAACAGUUAAAUGACGGUAAGGGACUGACUUCUGAUGUAAUAUUAUCAUUAAUGGAACUGUAUAAAAUAGUUAUAUAACCGAAGGCCUACUGUAACGAUUGUGUUGUCCUCCAACUAAGUUGAUUUAGUGUAAAUGUAGCUAUAAUACAUCCUGCUCAAUUUAACUCUUGAGUAAAUAUAGGGAACAACUUUAUUUCAAUGUUGUGGUGUGCGUUGGAGCAAGCUGUAUUUUUUAUACUAAAAUUGUGUGUUGUAAAAAUAGAAGUUGAUUAUAUGCUAUCCACUGGUCCAUUAAUCUAAAUAUUUUAUGUUGUGAGUAGCAUAUAUUCGACAGAGCUUUGUCGUCGCAAUAAAAAGAUUUCUUCUUGAAGAACAAAGUUUUGUCGUCGUGUUGAUGUAUUCUGCUUUUUGUAGCGACACGAUCCCAAAGAGUAAUAAAUUGUAAUCAUAGUACCUUACCUAGCAAAUAUUAUUAAUUGGCACAAAAAACAAAUAUCGAUACUAACAGCCAUAUAAAAGACCAAGAUUCUGUUUGCCUGACCGCUUAGUCAAUCUUGGUCUUUUUCAUGUGUGAAGAAAAAUACUGUAAUUUUAUGUAGAAUUAAAUGUUCAAUAUGAUUUUGCUGUGUACUGUGAUGGUUGAAUUGAAUCGUUUAGUCACCAUCAUCAUGUUUUGUACUAAGAAUGAAAGAAAAAACAGUCAAGUACAUUUGAGUGCCAUUUGACAACGCGACAACGCUAUUGAGGACUUUCACUUUAUGUGGCUAACGUGAAAACUGCUGCUGGAUUUAUGCAUGCUAUAAUAUGAAAAUAAUUCACAGUUGCGGGCUAUCGUUCCACUAAAGAGUUUCUUCUCACUUGAGUUGUCGUAACAAGCUUUUAUUUAAGUAUAUUUUUUUUAUAUGAAUUUAUAGAAAAUGCAGACUUCUCCUAACUACAACAUUGUUUUACCGCUGUUUUAAAAAUGCUAAAAUAUUUUUCUACGCAAAGAUGUAACACAAACUUGAAGUAUGUGAUAUUGCUUUCAAAUGAGACGCGAUCAUGCAGGUGUCUUAAAAUCCCCCUAAAAUCAUAUUUAUCAUACCGAGAAAUAGUUAUUAUCCAUUUAUAUUAAGAUGUAGUUAUUACUCGAAUAAAUAUAACUUUUUAAAA